AUGAUUGUGGAGAUGGAGACAUUCUUGUUGAAACAACAGAUGACAGCCGUCAAAGAGGAAGGUACAGGAUUGACAAUUAUGAAGAGAGUUAUCCAUCAACUCAUACACGGAUCUUUGUGAGCAUCAGAAAUCUGAGCAAGUCUGACUCUGGACGGUACAGCUGUUGGUUGGACCGAAGAUUGUCUCCAGAUUCAUUACUGACGUUUCAGCUCAUCGUCACUGAUGGUGAGUUUUAAUUUUUCAUUUACAGCUUUCAUCGUUUCUAUCGACCCAAUACAGUCCAACACUUGGACUCAGAGCAGCGUAUACUGAUCAUCCUGAAGUCUGAUAAGAGCUUAAUUUAAAACUAUCAGUUUAUCUGUAAAAAUUCACAUCAAGUCAGAGCUGUUUUCUGCACACACCGACUGUUUUCAGGUUGUUUAGUUUGAAUUAAAGGACGAUUAAAAUAAAGAAACAUCAGUACUGACUGAUUCAGUUUGUUUCACAACUCCAAACCUCCAACCCUUUUCAGCACCGACUCCAUCAGCCUCCACCCUGAAGAUGACCCUGACAACACCGACCGCAGCCUCAGGUACAUCUUCCUGUUUCCUCUGCACAUGCUCGUACCAUGUGUGUAAAAAGUCUGAUUCUGUGUUGGUUAAAGUGACUUGAUAAAGGGAUUUGUUUCAUAUACAGACAAAGAAGUUUAAUAAUUAAAUCUGGAUCCUCUGCUCAAACAAAAACAGGUGUUCCUCUGUUUGUGCAGAAAUAAGAAGAGUUUUUGACAGAUGUGUGUUUCUAAGAUGAAAACUUCAUUUCCCAUCAGCCCUUUCACCUACAGUGGCAAAGAUAUAUCUAUUUUCAAAGUGUGCAUUUGUUAUUGAGUAAAUAAAUUAAAUACAGAUGUUUUUUUGUUUUUUUUAACAGUGAUCUAAACAGCUGUUUUUAGAUCUUUUAAAGGCGACAAAGACGCUUUCACCCAAAGAGUUUAGUCAGAAAUGAUGCUGAAUAAAGAUAGAUACUAGAGCCUUCAGCCUGAAGACACAUCAGUCUGAGUAACUCUGAUUAUUGGAGGAAUCAUUUCUGCUUGUUUGGUUGAAUUAUAAAUAUUAUUCAUAGUUUAAAUUUGACAAAAACAAACUGGACUAAAGAAAAAAAAAACAUAAGUCAGAGAGGAGGAGGAGAGUCAAGAGGGUGAUGAAGGAGGAGAUAAGUUUCCUGUUCUUGCUAACUAUAGAGGUGUGAAACAACCGGAGAGCAACAUGAGAGUUUGUCAGAGUUUGAUCGUCUUCUUUCUCCAUAAGUUCAUCCUUCUAUAAGUUUAAUCUUCUCUUUUUAUAUAUUUAUAUUUCUAAUUAAGUCAAAUGUAUUUGCUCGGUUAGAGCAGUACCACCUGAUUUUACAGCGUUUCAAUGACGGAUUUUGAGUUUAUGAAUCUCAUUUAAAGUAUUAGAGACAGUUUUCUAACACAGACACUUUAUAUAGAGAUGAACAGGAACAGUUUGACCUCCUGCUUUUGUUUAUUUGAAGUUUUUUAAAUCCUGUUGUUUUGGACUUUGAGGGAGAUAACGUCUAUACUUUUAUUUAUUGUUCCUAUUUUUAUCACCUUCAUGACGGUAAAGUGCAGCAAAGAGGAACAAACUAGUCUGUUAGUUCUGCUUCAGAAAUGAAUCUAAAUUUCCUGGAUAACUUAGAAACAUCACAUAUUUAAGAGUGAUGUGUAUGGUGGUUGGUGAAAUCUCCACAGACUGUUUGAAGCUCCUGAAUCAGCAGAUGUUUCUCUCAGAGAAGAAGGAGCUGAAAAUGACUCUGUGAUUGUUGAUCUUUUCCACAGUGCUGAAGGAUGGAGACACAGAUGACUUUGAACAAUAUAUCGGUGUUUAUUAUAGAACUGAAGGAGAAGACAUCAUGGUUCAUUGCUACUUCCAAUACUCUGGAGAAAGGAGAGUCUUCUGUAGGAAUGAUUGUGGAGAUGGAGACAUUCUUGUUGAAACAACAGAUGACAGCCAUCGUAGAGGAAGGUACAGGAUUGACUAUUAUGAAGGAAGUUAUCCAACAACUUAUACACUGAUCAAUGUGAGCAUCAGAAAUCUGAGCAAGUCUGACUCUGGACGGUACAGCUGUUGGUUGGACCGAAGAUUGUCUCCAGAUUCAUUACGGACGUUUCAUCUCAACGUCACUGAUGGUGAGUUUUAAUUUUUCAUUUACAGCUUUCAUCGUUUCUAUCGACCCAAUACAGUCCAACACUUGGACUCAGAGCAGCGUAUACUGAUCAUCCUGAAGUCUGAUAAGAGCUUAAUUUAAAACUAUCAGUUUAUCUGUAAAAAUUCACAUCAAGUCAGAGCUGUUUUCUGCACACACCGACUGUUUUCAGGUUGUUUAGUUUGAAUUAAAGGACGAUUAAAAUAAAGAAACAUCAGUACUGACUGAUUCAGUUUGUUUCACAACUCCAAACCUCCAACCCUUUUCAGCACCGACUCCAUCAGCCUCCACCCUGAAGAUGACCCUGACAACACCGACCACAGCCUCAGGUACAUCUUCCUGUUUCCUCUGAGGUUGAACCUUAAAAGGCUUUUUUCAUUUCAUCAGCUGGUUGAUGUCAAAAAUAUAAAGAGGAUGUGAAGUCUGCACAUUGAUGAUAAAACUUUUAACCAUAUCUGAACCAAACUGGUCUCUAAUCUUUUUCAUCACCGACUCCAUCAGCCUCCACCCUGAACACAACACUGUCAACACCGACCGCAGCCUCAGGUACAUCUUCCUGUUUCCUCUGCACAUGCUCGUACCAUGUGUGUAAAAAGUCUGAUUCUGUGUUGGUUAAAGUGACUUGAUAAAGGGAUUUGUUUCAUAUAUAGACAAAGAAGUUUAAUAAUUAAAUCUGGACCCUCUGCUCAAAUAAAAACAGGUGUUCCUCUGUAUGUGCGGCUGGUUCUGGUCGUGGUGUUUAUCGGGUCAUCAUCUGCUGUGCUGAUACUGUGCAGGAAGAGGAGGACGAGUGAACCACAGGGUGAGGAAGCUCACACACAGCCACUUUAUCAAACUUUCUCCAAAGUAACACAGGGUUUAUGGGCGACACCAAAUGCUUUCUAACCCUGGUUGCCCAAAUGUCCAUGUUGGGUGGUCCUAAUCUUCUGAACUGUAUCUUCUCAGAACCUCCUGUAGAGCUGGAUCAUCUGAACAUCACAGAGGUGAGUGUUGGAGAAAAGUGGUUCAUUUGUUCUUUAACUCAGACAGUAUGAAUAAAUGAAAACAGUUUUUUCUUUUUCUGCAGGCUGAUCAAGUUAAUGAGGAGGUCAGAGAGGAGGACGGUCAGAGCAGAUCUCCUCCUGAGGAAACAUCUACAGUUUAAACUUCUUUGACAUGAUCGACGCUCAAGCUCUCCGUCCAACUGUGAAAAAGUCUCAGAGAAAAGGUAGCUCCAUGGUAUGGGGAUGUUUUGCAGGUGAUGGAGUAGGAGAUUUGUUUGAAGUAAAGGGUAUCAUGAAGAAGGAACAGUACCACUCCAUCCUCCAGCACCAUGCUGCUCCAUCUGGACUCAGACUUGUGGCUCAUAAGUUUGUUUUGUAGCAAGAUAAUGACCCUAAGCACUCUGCCGAGCUCUGUCAGGCUAAGCAACAAUAACUCAAAUACCCAAUAAUUAUAGUCAAAAUGUCUUCUGAUAAGUUACUCUUUAUACAAUAGUCAUGUUUAUUGUGUUGCAAAUUAUAUAUAUAUGAAACUAUGAUCUUUUUCUGUACAAAUCUGAUCUUGCUUCCAAACUUUUGGCCUGUAGUGUAUAAAUAAUACCGUCUGAGAUAGACAACAAGAAAACUAAUUUACCAUCUCAGGAGCUCGGGGUCUGAAAGCUUGAAACUUAUUUUGUUUUUCUGGGAAAUGAUGGUUUUCAUAAAUAAUCAGGGCAAACAUGAAACAGAUGAAAAAAUUAUCUGUUUGUUUUAUUGUUUAUAAAUUGUUCUGUUGUACUGAUUUUAAAUCAUUUUAAUCUCUGUUGUAUUUUUUAUUUCCUUGCGUCUGUAAAGCUUUGAAUUCUCUUGUGUAUGAAUGUUGUUAUACAAAUAAACUUGCCUUGCCUAAACAUAUUUAUAUUUAUUAAAGAAAUCAAAUGUAUUUGUUCAGUUCGAGGGUUUUGAAGGAUUUUGAGUUUAUGAAUCUCAUUAAAAGUUUUGGAGCCACUUCUCUAAUGCAGACACUUUAUAAAAAGAUGGACAGGAACAGUUUUCUCUUUUAUCAGAUUAAAGUUUUUAAAUCCUGUUGUUUUAGACCUCGAGGGAGAUAACAUCUUUUAUUGGGGCCAUGAGGAAAAGGCACCGAGGCCCUGGCCCCUGUACUAAAGUAUAUGGGGCCAGUGUGAUUAUUAUACUGUGGAUUUUUCUUUUAUUCCUCUUCUGGACAAAUUUUGAUUCACGACUAGUCCUACAGCUUAAAGAGUUGUUGGACAAAUUAUAUAUAAAGACGGGUGAUUUGAUCUGGAGCGGCGUGAUUUUACUUUUCCAUACAGUACAUGAAAUUUUUAAAACGUAAGUUCAAGAAACGAUAAAAAAUAUUUCAUUGAAGUGAAUGGGACAGGGUGAAAAGAAAGAGCAAUUAUUGGAGUUUUCCAAACGUCUACUGCUCCAGCGUACUUUCACUCAGAGACUCCAUUAAAACCUUUAAAUGUAGAUACAAGUCGUGUUUAUUGGUCUAUUAUUUGACGUCUUGAUGGGUUUUGUAGUUUUUGAUCCCUGACUGUUUGAUGACGCUGAUCAUUUUUGGAGAAUAUUCAGAUUAUAAUGGGUGUGUAUUGCGUGUCAGAGUGAGUCUUUGAGUAACUGAUUAUUGGAGGAAUCAUUUCUGCUUGUUUGGUUGAAUUAUAAAUAUUAUUCAAAGAUCAAAUUUGACGGAAACAAACUGGAGUCUGAGAGGACGAGGAGAGUCAAGAGGGUGAUGAAGGAGAAGAUAAGUUUCCUGUUCUUGCUAACCAUAGAGGUGUGAAACAACCUGAGAGCAACAUGAGAGUUUGUCAGAGUUUGAUCGUCUUCUUUCUCCGUAAGUUCAUUCUUCUAUACUUUAACUUCUAUACUGAACUUUUUAAAUCUUGUUGUUUUGGACUUUGAGGGAGAUAACGUCUAUACUUUUAUUUAUUGUUCCUAUUUUUAUCACCUUCAUGGCGGUAAAGUGCAGCAAAGAGAAACAAACUAGUCUGUUAGUUCUGCUUCAGAAAUGAAUCUAAAUUUCCUGGAUAACUUCGAAACAUCACAUAUUUAAGAGUGAUGUGUAUGGUGGUUGGUGAAAUCUCCACAGACUGUUUGAAGCUCCUGAAUCAGCAGAUGUUUCUCUCAGAGAAGAAGGAGCUGAAAAUGACUCUGUGAUUGUUGAUCUUUUCCACAGUGCUGAAGGAUGGAGACACAGAUGACUUUGAACAAUAUAUCAGUGAUUAUUAUGUAACUGAAGGAGAAGACAUCAUAGUUCAAUGCAUCUUCCAAAUCUCUGGAGAAAGGAGAGUCUUCUGUAGGAAUGAUUGUGAAGAUGGAGACAUUCUUGUUGAAACAACAGAUGACAGCCGUCAAAGAGGAAGGUACAGGAUUGACUAUUAUGAAGAGAGUUAUCCAUCAACUCAUACACGGAUCUUUGUGAGCAUCAGAAAUCUGAGAAAGUCUGACUCUGGACGGUACAGCUGUUGGUUGGACCGAAGAUUGUCUCCAGAUUCAUUACGGACGUUUCAGCUCAUCGUCACUGAUGGUGAGUUUGAACUUUUCAUUUACAGCUUUCAUCGUUUCUAUCGACCCAAUACAGUCCAACACUUGGACUCAGAGCAGCGUAUACUGAUCAUCCUGAAGUCUGAUAAGAGCUUAAUUUAAAACUAUCAGUUUAUCUGUAAAAAUUCACAUCAAGUCAGAGCUGUUUUCUGCACACACCGACAGUUUUCAGGUUGUUUAGUUUGAAUUAAAGGACGAUUAAAAUAAAGAAACAUCAGUACUGACUGAUUCAGUUUGUUUCACAACUCCAAACCUCCAACCCUUUUCAGCACCGACUCCAUCAGCCUCCACCCUGAACACAACACUGUCGACACCGACCGCAGCCUCAGGUACAUCUUCCUGUUUCCUCUGCACAUGCUCGUACCAUGUGUGUAAAAAGUCUGAUUCUGUGUUGGUUAAAGUGACUUGAUAAAGGGAUUUGUUUCAUAUACAGACAAAGAAGUUUAAUAAUUAAAUCUGGAUCCUCUGCUCAAAUAAAAACAGGUGUUCCUCUGUUUGUGCAGAAAUAAGAAGAGUUUUUGAUAGAUGUGUGUUUCUAAGAUGAAAACUUCAUUUCCCAUCAGCCCUUUCACCUACAGUGGCAAAGAUAUAUCUAUUUUCAAAGUGUGCAUUUGUUAUUGAGUAAAUAAAUUAAAUACAGAUGUUUUUUUGUUUUUUUUCACAGUGAUCUAAACAGCUGUUUUUAGAUCUUUUAAAGGCGACAAAGACGCUUUCACCCAAAGAGUUUAGUCAGAAAUGAUGCUGAAUAAAGAAAGAUACUUGAACCUUCAGCCUGAAGACACAUCAGUCUGAGUAACUCUGAUUAUUGGAGGAAUCAUUUCUGCUUGUUUGGUUGAAUUAUAAAUAUUAUUCAUAGUUUAAAUUUGACAAAAACAAACUGGACUAAAGAAAAAAAAAACAUAAGUCAGAGAGGAGGAGGAGAGUUAAGAGGGUGAUGAAGGAGGAGAUAAGUUUCCUGUUCUUGCUAACUAUAGAGGUGUGAAACAACCGGAGAGCAACAUGAGAGUUUGUCAGAGUUUGAUCGUCUUCUUUCUCCAUAAGUUCAUCCUUCUAUAAGUUUAAUCUUCUCUUUUUAUAUAUUUAUAUUUCUAAUUAAGUCAAAUGUAUUUGCUCGGUUAGAGCAGUACCACCUGAUUUUACAGCGUUUUAAUGACCGGAUUUUGAGUUUAUGAAUCUCAUUUAAAGUAUUAGAGACAGUUUUCUAACACAGACACUUUAUAUAGAGAUGAACAGGAACAGUUUGACCUCCUGCUUUUGUUUAUUUGAGGUUAUUGAAAUCCUGUUUUUGGACUUUGAGGGAGAUAACGUCUAUACUUGUAUUUAUUCCUAUUUUUAUUACCUUCAUGACGGUAAAGUGCAGCAAAAGGAACAAACUGGUCUGUUAGUUCUGCUUCAGAAAUGAAUCUAAAUUUCCUGGAUAACUUAGAAACAUCACAUAUUUAAGAGUGAUGUGUAUGGUGGUUGGUGAAAUCUCCACAGACUGUUUGAAGCUCCUGAAUCAGCAGAUGUUUCUCUCAGAGAAGAAGGAGCUGAAAAUGACUCUGUGAUUGUUGAUCUUUUCCACAGUGCUGAAGGAUGGAGACACAGAUGACUUUGAACAAUAUAUCGGUGUUUAUUAUAGAACUGAAGGAGAAGACAUCAUAGUUCAUUGCUACUUCCAAUACUCUGGAGAAAGGAGAGUCUUCUGUAGGAAUGAUUGUGAAGAUGGAGACAUUCUUGUUGAAACAACAGAUAACAGCCGUCAAAGAGGAAGAUACAGGAUUGACUAUUAUGAAGGACGUUAUCCAACAACUUAUACACUGAUCAAUGUGAGCAUCAGAAAUCUGAGCAAGUCUGACUCUGGACGGUACAGCUGUUGGUUGGACCGAAGAUUGUCUCCAGAUUCAUUACGGACGUUUCAGCUCAACGUCACUGAUGGUGAGUUUUAAUUUUUCAUUUACAGCUUUCAUCGUUUCUAUCGACCCAAUACAGUCCAACACAGUCCAACACUUGGACUCAGAGCAGCGUAUACUGAUCAUCCUGAAGUCUGAUAAGAGCUUAAUUUAAAACUAUCAGUUUAUCUGUAAAAAUUCACAUCAAGUCAGAGCUGUUUUCUGCACACACCGACUGUUUUCAGGUUGUUUAGUUUGAAUUAAAGGACGAUUAAAAUAAAGAAACAUCAGUACUGACUGAUUCAGUUUGUUUCACAACUCCAAACCUCCAACCCUUUUCAGCACCGACUCCAUCAGCCUCCACCCUGAAGAUGACCCUGACAACACCGACCACAGCCUCAGGUACAUCUUCCUGUUUCCUCUGAGGUUGAACCUUAAAAGGUUUUUUUCACUUCAUCAGCUGGUUGAUGUCAAAAAUAUAAAGAGGAUGUGAAGUCUGCACAUUGAUGAUAAAACUUUUAACCAUAUCUGAACCAAACUGGUCUCUAAUCUUUUUCAUCAUCGACUCCAUCAGCCUCCACCCUGAACACAACACUGUCAACACCGACCGCAGCCUCAGGUACAUCUUCCUGUUUCCUCUGCACAUGCUCGUACCAUGUGUGUAAAAAGUCUGAUUCUGUGUUGGUUAAAGUGACUUGAUAAAGGGAUUUGUUUCAUAUACAGACAAAGAAGGUUAAUAAUUAAAUCUGGAUCCUCUGCUCAAACAAAAACAGGUGUUCCUCUGUAUGUGCGGCUGGUUCUGGUCGUGGUGUUUAUCGGGUCAUCAUCUGCUGUGCUGAUACUGUGCAGGAAGAGGAGGACGAGUGAACCACAGGGUGAGGAAGCUCACACACAGCCACUUUAUCAAACUUUCUCCAAACUAACACAGGGUUUAUGGGCGACACCAAAUGCUUUCUAACCCUGGUUGCCCAAAUGUCCAUGUUGGGUGGUCCUAAUCUUCUGAACUGUAUCUUCUCAGAACCUCCUGUAGAGCUGGAUCAUCUGAACAUCACAGAGGUGAGUGUUGGAGAAAAGUGGUUCAUUUGUUCUUUAACUCAGUCAGUAUGAAUAAAUGAAAACAGUUUUUUCUUUUUCUGCAGGCUGAUCAAGUUAAUGAGGAGGUCAGAGAGGAGGACGGUCAGAGCAGAUCUCCUCCUGAGGAAACAUCUACAGUUUAAACUUCUUUGACAUGAUCGACGCUCAAGCUCUCCGUCCAACUGUGAAAAAGUCUCAGAGAAAAGGUAGCUCCAUGGUAUGGGGAUGUUUUGCAGGUGAUGGAGUAGGAGAUUUGUUUGAAGUAAAGGGUAUCAUGAAGAAGGAACAGUACCACUCCAUCCUCCAGCACCAUGCUGCUCCAUCUGGACUCAGACUUGUGGCUCAUAAGUUUGUUUUGUAGCAAGAUAAUGACUCUAAGCACUCUGCCGAGCUCUGUCAGGCUAAGCAACAAUAACUCAAAUACCCAAUAAUUAUAGUCAAAAUGUCUUCUGAUAAGUUACUCUUUAUACAAUAGUCAUGUUUAUUGUGUUGCAAAUUAUAUAUAUAUGAAACUAUGAUCUUUUUCUGUACAAAUCUGAUCUUGCUUCCAAACUUUUGGCCUGUAGUGUAUAAAUAAUACCGUCUGAGAUAGACAACAAGAAAACUAAUUUACCAUCUCAGGAGCUCGGGGUCUGAAAGCUUGAAACUUAUUUUGUUUUCUGGGAAAUGAUGGUUUUCAUAAAUAAUCAGGGCAAACAUGAAACAGAUGAAAAAAUUAUCUGUUUGUUUUAUUGUUUAUAAAUUGUUCUGUUGUACUGAUUUUAAAUCAUUUUAAUCUCUGUUGUAUUUUUUAUUUCCUUGCGUCUGUAAAGCUUUGAAUUCUCUUGUGUAUGAAUGUUGUUAUACAAAUAAACUUGCCUUGCCUAAACAUAUUUAUAUUCAUUAAAGAAAUCAAAUGUAUUUGUUCAGUUCGAGGGUUUUGAAGGAUUUUGAGUUUAUGAAUCUCAUUAAAAGUUUUGGAGCCACUUCUCUAAUGCAGACACUGUAUUAAAAGAUGGACAGGAACAGUUUUCUCUUUUAUCAGAUUAAAGUUUUUAAAUCCUGUUGUUUUAGACCUUGAGGGAGAUAACAUCUUUUAUUGGGGCCAUGAGGAAAAGGCACCGAGGCCCUGGCCCCUGUACUAAAGUAUAUGGGGCCAGUGUGAUUAUUAUACUGUGGAUUUUUCUUUUAUUCCUCUUCUGGACAAAUUUUGAUUCACGACUAGUCCUACAGCUUAAAGAGUUGUUGGACAAAUUAUAUAUAAAGACGGGUGAUUUGAUCUGGAGCGGCGUGAUUUUACUUUUCCAUACAGUACAUGAAAUUUUUAAAACGUAAGUUCAAGAAACGAUCAAAAAUAUUUCAUUGAAGUGAAUGGGACAGGCUGAAAAGAAAGAGCAAUUAUUGGAGUUUUCCAAACGUCUACUGCUCCAGCGUACUUUCACUCAGAGACUCCAUUAAAACCUUUAAAUGUAGAUACAAGUCGUGUUUAUUGGUCUAUUAUUUGACGUCUUGAUGGGUAUUGUAGUUUUUGAUCCCUGACUGUUUGAUGACCCUGAUCAUUUUUGGAGAAUAUUCAGAUUAUAAUGGGUGUGUAUUGCGUGUCAGAGUGAGUCUUUGAGUAACUCUGAUUAUUAGAGGAAUCAUUUCGGCUUGUUUGGUUGAAUUAUAAAUAUUAUUCAAAGAUCAAAUUUGACGGAAACAACCUGGACUAAAGAAAAAAAACAUAAGUCUGAAAGGAGGAGGAGAGUCAAGAGGUCGAUGAAGGAAAAGAUAAGUUUCCUGUUCUUGCCAACCAUAGAGGUGUGAAACAACCUGAGAGCAACAUGAGAGUUUGUCAGAGUUUGAUCGUCUUCUUUCUCUGUAAGUUCAUUCUUCUAUACUUUAACUUCUAUACUGAACUUUUUAAAUCUUGUCGUUUUGGACUUUGAGGGAGAUAACGUCUAUACUUUUAUUUAUUGUUCCUAUUUUUAUCACCUUCAUGGCGGUAAAGUGCAGCAAAGAGGAACAAACUAGUCUGUUAGUUCUGCUUCAGAAAUGAAUCUAAAUUUCCUGGAUAACUUAGAAACAUCACAUAUUUAAGAGUGAUGUGUAUGGUGGUUGGUGAAAUCUCCACAGACUGUUUGAAGCUCCUGAAUCAGCAGAUGUUUCUCUCAGAGAAGAAGGAGCUGAAAAUGACUCUGUGAUUGUUGAUCUUUUCCACAGUGCUGAAGGAUGGAGACACAGAUGACUUUGAACAAUAUAUCAGUGAUUAUUAUGUAACUGAAGGAGAAGAAAUCAGAGUUCAUUGCUUCUUCAGAAUCUCUGGAGAAAGGAGAGUCUUCUGUAGGAAUGAUUGUGGAGAUGGAGACAUUCUUGUUGAAACAACAGAUGACAGCCAUCGUAGAGGAAGGUACAGGAUUGACUAUUAUAAAGGAAGUUAUCCAACACCUCCUGUACUGAUCAAUGUGAGCAUCAGAAAUCUGAGAAAGUCUGACUCUGGACGGUACAGCUGUUGGUUGGACCGAAGAUUGUCUCCAGAUUCAAGAGUCAAGUUUCAGCUCAUCGUCACUGAUGGUGAGUUUGAACUUUUCAUUUACAGCUUUCAUCGUUUCUAUCGACCCAAUACAGUCCAACACAGUCCAACACUUGGACUCAGAGCAGCGUAAACUGAUCAUCCUGAAGUCUGAUAAGAGCUUAAUUUAAAACUAUCAGUUUAUCUGUAAAAAUUCACAUCAAGUCAGAGCUGUUCUCUGCACACACCGACUGUUUUCAGGUUGUUUAGUUUGAAUUAAAGGACGAUUAAAAUAAAGAAACAUCAGUACUGACUGAUUCAGUUUGUUUCACAACUCCAAACCUCCAACCCUUUUCAGCACCGACUCCAUCAGCCUCCACCCUGAACACGACACUGACAACACCGACCACAGCCUCAGGUACAUCUUCCUGUUUCCUCUGAGGUUGAACCUUAAAAGGCUUUUUUCACUUCAUCAGCUGGUUGAUGUCAAAAAUAUAAAGAGGAUGUGAAGUCUGCACAUUGAUGAUAAAACUAUUAAACAUUUCUGAACCAAACUGGCCUCUAAUCCUUUUCAGCACCGACUCCAUCAGCCUCCACCCUGAACACAACACUGACAACACCGACCGCAGCCUCAGGUACAUCUUCCUGUUUCCUCUGCACAUGCUCGUACCAUGUGUGUAAAAAGUCUGAUUCUGUGUUGGUUAAAGUGACUUGAUAAAGGGAUUUGUUUCAUAUACAGACAAAGAAGUUUAAUAAUUAAAUCUGGAUCCUCUGCUCAAACAAAAACAGGUGUUCCUCUGUAUGUGCGGCUGGUUCUGGUCGUGGUGUUUAUCGGGUCAUCAUCUGCUGUGCUGAUACUGUGCAGGAAGAGGAGGACGAGUGGACCACAGGGUGAGGAAGCUCACACACAAACAGACAAAGGCUUUUUUAAUUCUAACUUUUUUUAUCAUCUAAAAAUCAAACAAGAUCAUCAGCAACAAGAUCUUUGCUAUCUGUGAGAUUGGUUUGUCCACUAGGGGCGCCAAAUCGACACGAAUCCAAACUUCCUUCAUGAAUUUUCAACAAUUAAAGAGACACAGAAGAUUUCAAGAUUUAAAUUGAAUUAAUACAUUUUUACACGUGGUGCAAAAUUAGAUGCUUUUCCUGAGUCAUCAGAUUUCCAUGUUGAAGCUCCUUUUAAUGAACUAAUAAGAUUACCGAUAUUUCUCGUGAGAGGCGUCCGGCAAAAAUAGAAGCCUUGCAUAUCUGAUCCGGCCGGACGGAUUCUGUGGAAUGACUCACAUUGAUUAUAAUACUUGCGGAUGACCAAUACUGUACCAAUACCUGACCAAGUGUGCGAGGAGGUCUGAUGAAACAUUUCAGAAAGUUCUCUCAACUAAAAAUGUGUUAGUCUGGAUUCAAGCUUCAUGAUAAAGUCAACUGAAAAAGAAAGUGAGAAAGUGUUACCAUGAAGUUAAAAUUAAAUAUCUGAGUAAGAAACAGGAAACAGAUAUUUUGAGAUUGUAUCUACAUACAGUGCUGAGCGCUCAACUUCUCAUAACUUAAGAGAAAGUUUUCAGACGAACAGAGAUGAAGCACCAGGACCAACAUCAAAUCAACGAUUAAUUAAAGGGAUAUUCUGGCAUUAAAUUAAUUUAGGGUCAAACACACCAUAACACCGAGUUAGACACCCCCUCCAGAGAUGAAUGUUGUCGACCGCUUGUUUCUCUAGUUACACCAACUUUAAUAACGACCACAGGAUAGAAAUACAGAGAGCCACGCCCUCAACCAAAACGCCACUCUAUAGCCACAAAUAAUGCUCAGAACAGCACCUAACUUCAUCAACAGGACAUAUUGGGUCACAGACAUAGUACUAUAUUCAGAGUUGUUCUAACUCCUAUAAAAACAUAAACUUAAACGGGGGCAUUUCUUCACCUCUGUAGUCUAUAAGCUGAGCCAAGAAACUUCUACUGUAGUAAAAUAAAAAGGUAAAGGUGUUUUUAUUGAGCCGAAUUAUCAAUAAAAUGAUGAUUUUGUUAACAGGUAUGAAUAUAUGUGCUUUUGAGUUAGUAUAUUUGAACAAGAGCACAGUAAAGUUAAAUCAGCAAAUUUUCCAAUGAGGUUCUGUUACCAAACAGAACUACACCAUGUUCUACUCAGGUUAGUACAUAUAGGGUCCCAGCCAUAGCAUUAGCCACCAAACAUCUUUUUAACUUUGACUAAUUUCUUUAGCAAAGAGACUAAACACAACUCACCUACUCUCUUCCAGCAGACGCUUGUUUGAGAGAGACCUCAGGCCAGUCCGUUCCAGACUACAGCGGGGUGACGCAGCCCAAGGAAGAACAUUCAUGAUAAUUUCUUAAUGAAAUACAAUCAGACUGAGACGCUAAGGCAGAAGAACUACCGCGUCUGCAGAGUAAAAUGUUUAAUAUUGUGAUUAUUACUUCAAGGAAAUGAUAAAGAAAUGAUCAUAAAUGUUCUUCCUUGAGCUGCGUCACCCCGCUGUAGUCUGUAACAGACUGGCCUGAGGUCUCCCUACAAACAAGCGACUACUGGAAGGGAGUAGGUGAGUGUGUUUAGUCUCUUUGACCCGAAGUCUGUUUGACCCUAAAUUAAUAUCCCUUUAUAUUUGAGGAUCUCAUUCUCUUUUGCACAUCAUAGAGAUCCAUCAGUGUUCAUUUCAGUCUGUUAUUACCCUUAAAAAACUUCCUACAGGAGCUUUAAGUGGUCCUAAUCCUCUGACCUGUGUGUUUUCAGAGCCUCCUGUCGAGCUCGAUUAUGUGAAUAUCACAGAGGUGAGUGUCUGAGGAAAGUCGUCCAGUUGUUCUUCAACUCGCGCCGAGAAAAUCCCUGAGAUUGGAAUUAAACAUGUGACACUGAGACAAAGCGAACACUGCUCUUCUUCGCAGGCUGAGUAAAUGCAUGAGGAGGUCGGAGAGGACAGUCGGAUUGGACCGCGUCUUCUUUGGACCCGAGGACUCUUCUACUGCAGAGCCAUGCCGUUGUGAUACCUGCAGAAUCUGAUUUAGCGCAUAACGUGUAUUUAAUGUUCAGUUGAUCUGUAACUACUAAAAAAAUAAAUUAAAAAUCAAAGAAAGCCCCUCCAGAAAGGGUUGAGUUCUCAUCCCUAGGAUCUGAAUCAGCAGUUUGGACCAGCCCACACAGUAUUGAUCAGGUCUUUUCUGAGGGCACUUUGUCAUGUUGACACUGAGGCAGAGUCUGCUCAGCAUGUUUACUUGUUUCAGCGUACAUGGACAUGACGUGAUAUCACGAUCCGUCUUCUCAUUCACUGAUAACAAUGACCCCAAAACUGACACAGCUGAUCACGUCGUCGUAGUAUAAAUACGAGUUUGGAGUCCAAAGGACAAAUUCAUGCCAGGAAGCCUGUCUGCUUAAAUGUUUAUUCAGAAGUUAAAGAUAAACUAAAGGCAUGGUCCUUUCAAAAUAAAAGAACUGAUCUGAAUCCUGUGAGUAACAGUCCAUGAGGCGGAUUCGAAGGUUUUUGACUUUUUGAGCUGAAGUUUUUUUUUUCCAUUGAAAAACCACAAAGCAAGAGGAGGAGGGUUGAGUUUUACGUAAUGAGGAAGAGUGUCAUCAUUACUUAAAAAAACAAAAGAAAAAAAAAGAGAAGUCACUGGCUGUAAGUGGAGAGGAAGCGAGACUCGGAGUUAAACGCUCGGAGAGUCCAACAUGAAAACUUGUCUCGGUUUGAUCUUCUUUCUCCUCGGUAAGUUCUCCAGACCUUCUUAUAAUCAGUUCUUAAAAUCCUGAAAUAAGUCAAGUAUUAUACUCCAAAAAUUCUUAUUUCAGCAGAGUCUGUGUUAAAGUUAUCUCAGGAUGUCUCAGAUUCAGUCAAAGAGGAACCUGAAUUUAAACGGACUGAGCGAGAAGUCUAAAGAAGUUUGUAAAAAAACGCUCAAAGACUUUUUCUUCCUUUCACGUGACAUCGGUAAAAGCUGUAAUGUCCUCCAGAAAAAACAUGAAUUUAGAGCAUCAAGAAUUACAGGGAUAUUCCAGCAUAAAAUUUAUUUAGGGUCAAACACACCGUAACACCGAGUAAGACACCCCUUGAGAGAAGAAUGUUGUCGACCGCUUGCUUCUCUAGUUAUACCAACUUUAGUAACGACCACAGGAUAGAAAUACACAGUGGUCUGAGGAGCCACAAACAAACCUCAACCAAAACGCCACUUUAUAGCCACAAAUAAUGCUCAGAACUAAAAAAUAAUGGUGGCUAUAGUACUAGCCACCAAACAUCUUUUUAACUUUGACUCAUUUCUUUUGCAAACAAUCUAAAAACAACUCACCUACUCUCUUCCAGCAGCUGCUUGUUUGUAGCGAGACCUCAAGCGAGUCCAUUAUGGACUACAGCGGGGUGCUGCAGCUCAAGGAAGAACAUUCAUGAUCAUUUCUUCAUGGAAAUACAAUCAGACCGAGACGCUAAGACAGAAGAACUACCGCGUCUGCAGUGAAAAAUGAUUAAUAUGGUGAUUACUACUUUAAGGAAAUGAUAAAGAAAUGAUCAGAAAUGUUCUUGGACUGGCCGGAGGUCUCGCUACAAACAAGCAGCUGCUGGAAGAGAGUAGGUGAGUUGUGUUUAGUCUCUUCUCUAAAGAAAUGAGUCAAAGUUAAAAAGAUGUUUGGUGUCUAGUACUAUGUCUGUGACCCUAUAUGUCCUGUUGAUGAAGUUAGGUGCUGUUCUGAGCAUUAUUUGUGGCUAUAGAGUGGCGUUUUGGUUGGGGGCGUGGCUCUCUGUAUUACUAUCCUGCGGUCGUUACUAAAGUUGGUAUAACUAGAGAAGGAAGCGGUCGACAACAUUCAUCUCUGGAGGGGGGGUCUAACUCCGUGUUACAGUGUGUUUGACCCUAAAUCAAUUAUAUGCCGGAUUGUCCCUUUCAAGCUCCUGUAAGGAACUCUGGUUUGUUUUGGCUUUGGCGCCCCCCUGUGGACAAAGUGAAACUUCUCACAUCAUUUCUAACGUUGCGUCACUGAUCGUUGACUGAUUUAGGCUCUCAAAGUGAUUUGGUUUGUUUGUAUUCGUCUUUCCAGCUUCACUGCAGGAUGGAAACUCUUGUCUAUUUGGACCCAGAGGUGUGAAAGUCGUGACCGGAACCAUCGGAGGAAUGGUCAAAAUGACAUGCUACUUCGAUUACCCCGAGACACGUAGGUUCUUCUGCAGAGACGGCUGCAAAGACGGACACGUCCUUCUGGAAGACAAUGGAAUCGAAGCUCAGAGUGGAAGAUACAGCAUGUGGUACUUGGACCGUGGCCCCGUCUCUUUGACUCCGGUGUACGUGAGCAUCACGAACCUGACCAAGUCUGACUCUGGGAGGUACAGCUGUUUUAGUGGGAGUGUUCGGUCUCCACAUGAAAUCUUUGAGUUUGAGGUCAAAGUUAAAGAAGGUGAGUUUGACUCUUCUCUGAUAUUUCUAAUGUUUCGGACUAAACGACAGCUGAUUGAACCUCCAAACACACUCAGUACGUUUACAAGCUCAGUCCGACUUUAAUCAAACUUCUCACAGCUGGCCCAGACCUUCUGAGCGUGCUCCAGGGUUCGCACGCCAGGCUCUGAGCCGGGGGUUGAACAGCAUGGAAGCCAGAUAGUAAAUAAAACCUUGACAGACGGAGAAAAGUCGUAACAGAGAUAAAACUUUCCAAACAAACGGCGCAGAGACGUCGUGCUUUAGUCAACUGUGCAUGUAAACGUACUGACUGAUAACAACACAGUCAAACUAAAACUGUGUUUCCUUACGGUGGAAAGUUAAUGCAGGAUGAAAAUCUGUCUUUCCCAGCUCCAACAAUUCCUCGACCAACUCUUCGUCCUCCUCGGCUUUUUCCAACAUCAGCCUCCACCCAGGAAACGACACCACCUCCAGCCUCAGGUACAUUUUUUUUAACUUAUAAUGUGAUUUUAAAAUAAUCAGAGCAACACUUUAUCUAACGCUCUGCUAAAACCAACAAAAAGUCCACCGUAUAAUAAAGUCCUCCCAAAACGUGUUUUAUUUUACAGCUACAGCUAAAGCUGACCAACAACCUGAACCAACGUGGACUCCACAGUCCUUUUCAACCUCAAACCCACCGUCCUCCACCCCGGAAACAUCACUCACAGAGCAGGUAUGUUUACCUUUACCUUUCAGAAACUUAACCUCACUUUGAGCUAAGCUAUUCUCCUUUCCCCCUUGAAUUCGUUUUAACUUUGAGCUCUUAAAAACAAAAACAAUCACCAGCUUCAGAUUCAAGUACCAAGAGGAAGGAUUACACGUUUUAAUGAUACGAACUGGUGUUGAACCGAUGCAGGCGACCCACAGCUCCUACCACCGCAAUGAUUCUGCCGAUAGCGACCCAUGGCUCCGAACAUCGCUAUGAUCCUCCACUGAUAGUGACCCACAGCUCUAACCACUGCGCUAAUCCCGCCCACCCACAGCUCCUACCGCCGUGAUGAUUCUAUGCCACUUGCAACCCACAUUUUCAACCACUGCAAUGAUCCUCCGUCGAUAGCGACCCACAGCUUGAACAACCGGGAUGAUCAAGCCGAUAGCGACCCACAGCUUGAACAACCGCGAUGAUCAAGCCGAUAGCGACCCACAGCUCCAAACGUCCCAAUGAUCCUAUGCCGGUAGCAACCCACAGCUCAAACCGUGGCGAUGACCUGCCAGUAGCGGCCCACAGCUUCAAUCACCACGAUGAUCCUUCACCGUUAGCAACCCACAGUUCCAAUCGCUGUGAUUAUCCUGUCGAUAGCGUUCCACAGCUCCUACCGUUGCGCUGAUCCUACGCUGGUAGUGACCCACAGCUCCAACCGUUGUAAUGACUCGCCGGAAUGGACCUACCGCUUCAAUUGUCGCAAUGACCCGCCGGUAACAACCCACAGCUCCAACUGCCGCAAUGGUCCUAUGCCAAUAGCGACCCACAUCGCCAAUCGUUGCAAUGAUCCUCCGAACAUAAGCGACCCCUAGGUCCUACCGCCGUGAUAAUCCCGUUCAGUUCCAGUAACGCCCAAAGUGGUUUCGGUAGUAAGCCGCCGCUCCAACGUGACUUGCUCAGCAGCCCAAUCACUGGCUCCAAUACAGCCCAACCGGCUCCAGUGCCGGUAGCGAGCCCGAUACCUGUGUGGCUGCGUGGUUUCCUGCACCGCUGCUCUUUUGUCCCAAUGAUGCUUUUCCACCGCCCAGUGUAGAGGAUUUUCUUUGACUUCAGUUGCUGACUCUUCUCUCUCUUGCCAAACAAAAGUGGAAACGGAUAACACUAGUGCUGAUUGAUUGUUCGUUGAUUAAACUGACUCGUGUUAGCUCAUCAUCAUUAUUAGCCGCUCUGUUCCGUCCCUUGGCUUUUCAGGCACACAUACGAACACACCUGCCUCCUCCUCCUCCUCCUUCUUCUUCUCUGAUUUGUUUUUCACGACUCUUUCUUUUCCCUUCAGGACAACGAGGUGCUCGAGGAGGUGAGAGAGGAGGACAGCGAGAGCAGACCUCCUCUCGGGGAAUCAUCUCUAUUUGAAACACUUGAAUUGACCUAAAAAUCUGAGUAUCUCGGCUUUAAAUCGCUCACUUAUAAUGUUGAAAUUUUGAAAUGACUGCAGCAUCUUUUUGAUUUCGUCAUUUAAUCCGAGGACUGAGUGUAAACAGAAUUAAGCAAAUAUGGAGAUUUUCUGAUAAAAAGUGUUUUUAUAUGUAAGUUUAUUCAUGUGGAAUAUUACGUUUUUUUACGGUUAUUUCAGACAGUAGCUAAAAAUGUGAUGCCAAACAGCCCGCUGAGCCUCAGACGUCUCGUCUUAGUUUAGAUACUAUAUCUAUACUCAGUCUAUAUUUUAGCCCAAAUCUUGAUGUAGAAUUGAAUCCAUUAAGUAUUAAAUGUUAAAUAAAAAACAAUGGAAAGUUGUAUAAAUGACGGCCAAAUGUUGGAUUAAAACAUUUUAAAGUGUAGUUUAGUCUAUUAGACGGCUUGUCUAAACUUAGACGACUAAAAAACUUUCAUUUUUAGACCGAUUUUAGCCCAGACGUCGAAGGACGGUUGGCUGUCUGUUAAAUGUCUUUUAAACCGAACAAUGCUUGGUGGGAGGUGUGUGUGUCUGUUUGGGUUUUUCUAUGUAUCUCUCUGUUACUACUUCUGAUGCUAACUCAUGAGUUUCAUAUAAGAAUGGUGUUAAAAACAGGUGAUGUUUAGGGUGCUGUUACAUAAUAAACGGUCCUGCAGAUUAGGGCUGCUCGUUUAAAUAUCUAUGUCACACACAUUUUAAAAAUAACUCUAUAAAACUGUUAAAUAAACUGUUCUGCAAACCACUUUUGUGUCUUAAAGUGUGUCUGUCUGACUGAAAGGGGCCGCGCAUUCGCUCGUCACUUCACUUUAAAAGCUUUUAGCUGAUUUUAAAUUAAACGUGCGUAGUAAGAUGUGAUCUGUUUGAGUGGCAGAGGCGAAAAACAUUUUUGAGAACUCUUUGGCCUCUGUAAUUGUAAAGUAGCUGUAAAGGUUUUGUCACAAAUAAAGGUUGCUGAGCAUCAUGUAUCAAAUCAGGAAGUAUCCAAAUCUGUAUUAAUUCUCUGUUUAUUGGGAAUCUUGAAACUCUAAAAUGAACUCCUUCAGAAAGCUUUCGAGUCGUCUUCUUGACCUUCAACCAGACGGCGGAAAAAAGCUGUAACAUCCGUCAUGAUAAGAGGAAUUAGUUUGGUAGCGAGCCGCAAACAUGUUUACUUCUGCUUUUUUCAGCAUGCAGAGAUAAACAGACAGCUGCAGGACUUCGAAGAGGGAAGUUGUCUUGUUGAAUUCUUGGAUGAAACUGCUUUGCUGUCACUUCUCUACGGGGUCAGAGUCAGGACACGGCAACGCCAGCGUCCCUCAGGGAGGAAAUUUCCAUUCACUCUCUUAACUCCUGAGUACAUGAGAGUCUGGAUGUUGUGUGUUUACAGGUUUAACAGAGAGUCCGAACAUUUUACCAUUUAGAGUUUUAACCCCAUUCAAACUACUUAAACUCAGUCAUGUAUCUUAGCAGGAACUUCACUCCACCUCUGAAAUAUCUCCUCACCUUUGGGCCUUUUCACUCUGCAUGAACAUUUUAGUAUUAUUUGUAGUUUUUUCACAGUAACUCUUCAAACUUUUCUGCAUUGGCUUGGAUUAAAUUGUUAUUUUGUUACUAAAUCAACUCAAAGCAAUUAUCAUCAGGUAAUUUGUAAGAAACUCUUAAGUAUGUUGAAAAAAUGUAAUAAUAUUGAGAUAAAUUAUAGUCGCACCACAUGACAUUUUUUACGACCACGGGCAAUCGAUAUGAAAAAAAACUAAAAUUGCGUAAUUUAAAAAUUUAACAUUAAUUUUUGUAAACACAACAUCCUUAGUGCUUGAACUUAAGCAAAAUUUAUUCUUAUUUUUGCUGUUUUUAAAAUUGGCAUGUUUAAAAACCUUAUAGGUCAUUGACCCACUCGGUGUUACGGUGUGUUCGACCCUAGCUUAAUUUUACACCAGAAUAUCCCUUUAAACUGAAAGGUUCACAUACAGCAGCUUAUUAACAUGACCAACUGUGAUUACUUGUUGCCACCAUUAUUAUUUCAGGGGUCACGAAUGGGAAACGUCGAUCUAGACCUCAUCUGUGACCCUCAUGACCUCUUGAAAGACAGUCUUUUCACACAGCAGUGAUAACAAACCAGCUCCUGUUUAUAUUCACUCCUCUGAGAACAUUUCAGCAGAAGAAGAAAACCUCAAAAAAGGACAAAAGCAGCUCCUACCUGAGUGGACCCGGGACACCAAGACUCCUCAAAGUCUUCUUUCACAUCUCCACCUUCCUCCAGAGACUUCCUGAGUUUAUCCAGAGUGUGGCUCCUCAGAUGAGAUCUUUAAACGGUGUUAGGCCCGGGAAAACUGACUGUGCUGCAUCCUCCAAAACUUUCAGGUCAGCGUGAAAGUUACCCCAGAUCAGAAAUAUCGUUUCAAACUUCCCUCCUUCGACACAGCCACGCUUAGAUCCAAUCCUGCAGCCACUCCAGGUGAGAAUCUGACCUUUUAGCACCAAAAACACUCAGCCAUGUUUUUUGGAAGGUAGCCACAUAUUCCUGCUGCGCGCCGGUAUUUCCAGAGGCCCCGCCCACUUCCACAAGGAGCCAAUAG